AUGGACCAUCCCAACAAGCGACGGCGAUUGGCGCCCAAGCUACCUGAUCCUCCACAGCAGCCACCGCCUCCGGUACCAGGUCCAGCGACGUCCCCAGGCCAGCAUAGCACCACUUAUGCCAACGACCAGCCGUUGCACCAUGGCCAGCAGUAUCCAGGCCAGGAGCCUGCUCCGAUACCAGAGAGGCACGAUUUCGAGUCCUUCGCCCGCCACCUCCAAGAUGUGGCCAUGUUGAUCUACAGACAAACCCAAAGAUCCCCGUAUACGAGCGUAUCUGUGCUGCUACUUAGGUGGGAUGAGGACAAGUCGGUAGAAAAGGACUUGGUAGAGCUGGAGACGGUAUUGAGAGAUCGUUACAACUACCAAACGGACAAGUGGACGAUACCAUCGGUGCACAACCCCAGCAUUAAGCUCAGCGUGCAGAUGGCCUCAUAUUUGGAGAACGCCCGCCCCGACCACCUCCUCAUCAUAUACUAUGCUGGACACGGCUAUGUUGGGAUGGAUAAUCACCUGUAUUGGGCGUGCCACAAAGGCGAGGACUCUGCAAAGCUGAAGUGGGAUGGCCUGCGGUGUUUGUUUGAGGAUGCGCAGUCAGAUAUGCUGCUGCUUCUCGAUACUUGUGCUCCGAGAGAGGCACCAAUGGCAGGCAGCCAUGGAUUCAAGCAGGCUAUCGCCGCGUACACUCCGGACCGAGUACCUCGAGAGUCCCCCGGCCGAUCUUUUACAUCAUAUCUUACUGAGUCAUUGGCAAGAUUGUCGGUCGGUCGGGCUUUCACUUUGCAGAGGCUGUAUGACGAAAUCAUUUCUCUGCAGCCAAAAGCCACCUCAGAGAGACCCCAGACGAACGGGGUAGGAAAGCUGUCUACCUUCCACGAGCUGCGACCAGUGGUGUUCACUUUGGCAGCCGGACAGAACCAAAGUAUGAUACUGCCAAUAUUGUCAGCCCCUGAUGGCAAGAGCGCGCAGUCUGGCCAGCCGAGGACCGACGCUGGUACGCUCAUGAAGCCGGAGGAACAGAUCAUAGGCCCAGAAGACGCGGUAGAUCUCAUCUUUGAUGAAGCGAGGGCCCUCGUUUGUACCACUUUUGUCGGGGAUGCUAGCCAAGACAUGACCUUCUUCAACAACUGGCUACAGAACGCUCCACCCAUUGCGUCCAAAAUAAAGGUUGAAGGCAUGUUCUUGGGACCUCCCACGAUGCUCCUCGUCUCUAUGCCUCUUAAUGUCUGGAAUGUGGUUCAGCAUGACAAGGUUUGCUGUUUUUUGGGCCAAAUUACCUCACAUAACAUGACUCACUUGUAUGACCGUCUCGUGGGGUCUGCCGUGGGCUUACCGACCCCCGCAAAAGAUGUUGACGAUGGCCGCAUUCUAUGGGAAGCCACGAAAGCGGCUGCCAACCUCCCUAAUCUGAUACGACAUGAGGAAGCGGCGCCAGGGAAGCCGCCUCCUGCCGCAAAGCAGGUAAGCCCAGAGACGCCAGCGCGGCCACGCGGUGGCCCUAGGCAUGAACUACCAUCCUCAGCGCCGUCGUCUGCGCAUGUGAAACAGACAAAGUCGGUUGCUGCAAAGGAGGUUGAGGACUCGGUUGAAAUGCAGGAGGCAGCCGAACAGCUGAAAGCACUAAGUCAUAUGCCCGCCAGUGGCGAGGGCAAAUCUUCGGCCUCGACGGUCUCGCAAGUUGAUUUGAAAGAUGAGAAUAACACAUCGUCUCACGAGGAUUCUGGAGGAGACGAGACUUUGCUGAGCGUCGAUGGCAAUGCGACGUCGACAAAACCCAAGCAAUCAAGGUCUUUGCAAAAACAGCCACUGCCGAGACUUGAUACCCGUUGUGACAUGUGUACUCAUGCCCCUUUCAAGGACUCGUCAUCGCUGAGAAAACACAUCGCAGCCGCGCACACCCGGCCAUUCCCAUGUGCAUUUUCGUUUGCCGGCUGCACAAGUACUUUUGGUUCAAAAAACGAAUGGAAGAGACAUAUUUCGUCUCAGCACUUGUGCCUCCAAUAUUACCGCUGCUCGUCGUGUCCUCUGAGCGCUAUCGAGGGCAAAGGAAACGAGUUCAACCGCAAAGAUCUCUUUACGCAGCACCUCCGUCGCAUGCACGCCCCAUUCGCCAUCAAAAAGUCGAUCAAAAGCGAUGGAAAGUUGCAGACAGAGUGGGACAGCCACGUUAAGGAGAUGCAACAAACCUGUCUGGUGACCAGGCGCAAACCGCCGCAGAAGUCAGCCUGUCCCAAGGCGGGCUGCCAAACCAUUUUUGAGGGACCGACCUCGUGGGAUGAAUGGACUGAACAUGUGGGGAGGCACAUGGAGAAAGGAGAUGGCCAGUCAAUAGGUGUCGAUGGAUUCCUGGCAAAAUGGGCUUUGGAAGAAGGCAUCAUCGAAGGCAAAGAGGAUGGGGAGUAUCGACUCUGCAAUCAGGACGAGCUCCCAAGCAAGAAGGACAGCAGCGUUCAAGUGACGUCUGCGUCCCAGCCCUCCAAGUCGCCAAAAGAUGAAUCACCGAGACCUGAAGAUGAGGGGUCUAUUGUUGUUGCGAUGCCAGACGACGAUGGUAUGGAUAUGGAUGACUGA